AUGGCCUGGCCUGUAAGGUGGCUGCGUGUCGCCCAGGCGCAGGUGCUCAGAGGGAGCUGUGCAGUGAUGUUUGCACCUUGCUGCGCAGGCACCAAGGAGGUGGCGUUCGUCUCGGCGGUGACGGCGGCGGGCGUGGUGCACGCGGUGACCCGCUGGUGCAGCGCGGGGAACGGCACCGAGUGCUCCUGCGACGGCACCCUGCGGCACGGCGGCUCGGCCAGCCAGGGCUGGCACUGGGGCGGCUGCUCGGACGACAUCCACUACGGAAUGUCCUUCAGCAGGAUGUUCCUGGACCUGCCUCUCAGGAACGGGACGGGCAGGAGCGGGAGCGGGCUGCUGGCGAUGAACCUGCACAACAACGAGGCUGGGAGGCAGGCUGUAGCAAAGCUGAUGUCUGUGGAUUGCCGUUGUCAUGGUGUUUCUGGCUCCUGUGCUGUGAAAACUUGCUGGAAAACCAUGUCAUCCUUUGAAAAGAUCGGCCGGUUUUUAAAGGAUAAGUACGAAAACAGCAUACAAAUAUCAGACAGACUGAAAAAAAAGCUACGCAGGAAAGAGAAAAGCCAGAGGAAAAUACCAAUUGGGAAAGAGGACCUGCUGUACGUGAACAAAUCUCCCAAUUACUGCGUGGCAGACCAGCAGCUGGGGAUCGCCGGGACGCAGGGCCGGGAGUGCAACCGCACGUCGCAGGGCCCCGAGGGCUGCAGCCUGCUGUGCUGCGGGCGCGGCUACAACACGCGCGUGGUGCGGCACGUGGAGCGCUGCGAGUGCAAGUUCGUCUGGUGCUGCUACGUGCGCUGCAGGAGGUGCGAGACCAUGACCGACGUGCACACCUGCAAGUGACGGGCAGGAACGGCGGGGUGCUGCAGGGGCAGCAGCGCUGGCACCAGGUGGGGUGUCAGAGGGGGACGGGUGCUGCCGCGCAGGGGCUGCUCCAAGCGCGCCUCGGCUGAAAGGACGGCUGGGUACGCAGCAGGCUGCAUGCAGGGACAGCUUAAACAGCAGAAAGGGCUCCCGGUGACACCUUUGAACGUGUUACUCCGUGAGCAGGGACAGAUGCUAAACUUUUCAAGUGUUUAAUAGACACAACGUCCUGAAGAUCCAUGUGGUGGGUAGGCACAGUGGAGAAAUCUCAAGAGCUCAUUAGCCAGAGAGUUUGUAAGGCACGUUAGAUACAGUCCUUAUGUCUGUGCUUUUAAAACUGGAGCUAGAUGGAUCCAGUAGAUAGUUCAUUUCUGCAGACUUCAGAAAAACCCUCAAAGAUAGGGAAGGGGUUCAGCUGUUGACCACGAAGCAUUUGCUUUGCAGCCGUUCAGAAAAGUGCCUUCUGCAGAAUGUGCAGAAAGCCUCGGGAAGUGAGGAACGUGUGAGACUGCAGAGAGCUCAGCAGUGUCUGCCUGGAACAGGAGGGUCAAGCUGUGCCCAGGGGAGAGAGACAGGAGCACAGCUUGGUGAGUGUGAAUGGGUUCCAAAUAGCAACCUCAGGAUUUUUAAUAGGAUGUCCUUCAAACGUACAAGGGACAGGUCUGAGAAGGGACCGAAAUACAGUUUGAUAUUUGAAGGAAAUAAAACCCUCUGCAGGCAUUUCCAGAAUCUCUGAGCACACAUAUUGAGAGUCAGCUGCUCUUGAAUUCUAUGCAAUAACCUGCCACAUUCAACCAUCUCACUGGUGGUUCACCAUCAUUAUCAAAAUUAACCACAUGAGAUUUAGCCCAAAGGAAUCUGCCAUAAAACAAAGGAUUUUUUAAAAAAUACUUUCUUUACAGAAUCAGCAGUUAGAAUUUUUAAUUAGGUUGCAUCCUCAGUAAGCUGACUGCACACUGUUAUUUAUGGAUUGGCACACACCACUAAAAUAUUUAAACUGUUAAUGAUAACAUUUUCUCUGUCUCCAUAUGUUGGCUUAAUUUUAUUUUCAUCUGUAAAAGGUUGUUUAUUUUUAUGCAGUGAUUUAAUGCCUGGCUUUAAAAGCAUCAUGUGAAAGAUUACUGUUGUUUAAUUGUGCAAAGUACUAUUUUUGAUAAAACAAAAAAGUUUAUAUUUUGUAAAUGUUUAAAUUAUGCAAGUUAUGUAAAAAGUUUCCAAAACUAAUGUCAUAAGACUACAGCCCUUAAGAUUUGUUGGGUAGAUAUUUGUUAAUAUUGUAGUAGCCUUUAAUUGAUUUUUAUUUGCAUGUGCUGGGGGAAAUUAGUCAGAAAACUGCAUAAAUGUUAGGGUUUUUUAUAAUCAGGAUGGUUAUAACUAUUGCAGUUCAUACACACUGAUGAGAAACACUUACUAUGAUUUUCUAAAUGGUUGGUUAAUUAGUAUUCUGAAUACUUUCUUUUUAUUAUUUUCUUAAAUGAAUUUUACCAACACUGAAAUCCAGCUCCAGCAGUAAGUACUCCCACCGAAAUCAGGGGAACUUGAAGGGUUUGCUACCCCUUAACUUCUUCCAUACUAACAGCCAGUUUCUAAAAACUUGGGACAGUUUGGCUGAGGCUUUCAAAGUUACUUUAAAGAAUCCAUUUCCUAGUUGUCAGUUAUUUUCCCAGGAAAGAUGGUGUCCAGAUUCUGAACUGUCACUCUUUAUUGGAUGUGUAGGUCAGGAGGAAGGAAACGAAAUCUUCUCUGAUGUGGUAUUUCACUGCCUUAUGUGGAUUAUUUUAGGAACAUCAGUUCAGCAACAGUGAAGUACAUCAUCUGCCAUUUGGACCUUUACUCCACAUUUGGCCAGUCCAUCUCCAUUUGCCUGACCAAAUUAUUAUCUUGGGACCACAAAAUCUGCUGUCUGUGGGAAGGGUGCUCAGCAUGCCAGUAAGGCAGUCACAGGAGGUUUCAACACCUUCUCUGUGAAAACUUAAAUAGGGAGGAGAUAUCAUGGUGGAAGACCCUGAAGAGAGAGUUGUGCCCCCAGGUUGUUUCAGCAAUGAAAAUAAACCCACAGGUUCCUCAGGCUGUGCCACAGGACCAAUUGGCAGCAUGGAUAGGAGAUGACU